CAACAUACCUAACCUCCUGAGGAAAGUGGCAUUUUUUCAUUACAUCCCUGAGAACUGCAACAAGCAGGUAACAUGAAGCCUAAAUCUCUUCCAUCUAGGUUCUUCAACAGAAAUUCAGCAGCAGCGUCAGGUGAGACUCUGAGUAUAGGAGCAACAAAGUAUCAGCGACAUGUGGACUGUAUGGAUCCCCCAGAGAGUGAGGAGAACCCUGACUGCAAUGACAACCAGCCAGUGGAAGACAACAGCAGACAAAAUGAGAAGAGCCACAGAGAAAUACACUUUGCCUUUCUGUCAGAGAGGUAUGAGCCACUGACGGAUGAUGAGGCACAAGUCAAGACAGAGGAAGAGAAGAAGAAAAAGAAGAAAGAAAAAUACAAAAAAGUAAAGAAGCUUCGACCUGGUUUCAUUGAGGAAUGUUGGCAAGACACUGCGCUCCACCUGGAAGUGUCUAAUGCUUGGCCUAUACCAUUUUGCCCUGGGCUACUCUACUCCAAUCACGGUGGCAGCUACUUUUGUCCCUGACUUUCACCCAGGCAGAAACAGGACCUGAGCUGAUCUGCAUGAAUCUCCUCCACUUUCUUUACAAGUGUAAACAAGGACACUGGCCAAAGCCUUUUGAUAUUUAUAAUGUUUGUGUAUUUGAAAUUCAAUUUUUUUUUUACAUGUCUCCACAAGAUUUAAUCAAAAAAUGUACUCAUAUGUUGAUUUUGAUGUAUACAAAUAUGUUAUAAAGGUAUUUCUUUGCAAAAUAGGGCUUUUUCACUGCAGACAUUUUGACUUGCCAUAGUAGGAAUAGGACAGGUGUUACCCAUAACACUAAGGAUGGCUCAUUUCUAUUAAACUGUUUCACACCUGUGCUUUUCCUGCUGUGAUAUAUUAAAAUGUCUUCUGUGAAUAAAAGACAUAUUUCUGAUCUUAUUAAUUGUUGAUAUUGAAAUCUUAAAGUUGUUGAUGAUCAUAAUGUGUGGUCAUGAUAUAUAUACUAUGGCCCAAUUUUUAACCAUAUUUGCAGAAAGAAUGCAUUUUUAAUAUCAUAUUAUUAGAGACAGAGGCUGUAAAAUUGCUCUGUGCUCCGCUAGCUUAGAUACUGAAAAAUGCAUGUGCCUUUUUUCAUUUAGAGAAUGUUUUUAUUUUUAUUUUUUUACUAAGCAUCUAGUUGGUGUUUGCAUGUGUGCAGAGGGAUAAUGUGUUAACGUGGCAUCUACAGCACAACAGGAAGGGCUAUGUUGGAGUAUUUACUGUAGCUGCAGAUGAAGUGAAUCGGGGCAGAUACUGCUUAAAGGGGUUUACAGGCAGAAAAGACUGAAAUGAUCAUCAGUGAAGCACCAAGGCUGAAAGGAUGUGGGCGCACACAGUGAGAAACAAACCAGGCCACCCCCUGCCCCUCCUCUCAGAGUGGAACAACUGAACCACUGAUCUCAUCUCAAGAGUAUUUCUCAAUUCUCAAACUGUCAAAACAAGGCAUUGAGAUGAACAACAGACUUCAAAUGACUGGAUAAUGAUGAUUAUGGCUAAAUUACUGUGGACUGCAAGUUUAAGAGGGUUCUCUGUUCAGAAUAUAAAUAAUAGUGAGGUUCCAAGUGAUUCGAGUGAUUUUGUACAUCUGAGAGCUUGUUGAGUUGUAAAGAUAUUGUAUGUGAUGAUAAUACUAAUUUGGAGUAUAAUGUAAAAUGUGCUGCAGAACAAAGCUAAUUUGGAAUACUGUAGCUUUAUAAAAAAAAAUAAAAAACAAGAUGUCAA